AAAUAACUAUAAAAAAUCUUUAAUAAAACUCUAAUUACAUUAAAUUCUUCUUAAAAAUUUAUUUGUAGUAUUCUAAACUAUAAUUUUUUAUCUUUCAACAAAUCGUAAUGAAAUUAUUUUCUUUAAUCUUCUCUUCAACUAUUGUAUUUAUGGUUAUUCAUAACGAUCAUAACAUGUCAAUGAGUAGAGCCACGCCAAAUCAUAAUAUACCAACGAUUAAACCCAUAAAGCGAUGCACACAGUGUAAUUCAGAGAAACCAGUUACUCCGUUUUUCGUUAAUUGCACACAUGAGUAUUGUUUAAAGUGUGUAUUAGAAUUUAGAAUAAGCGGAUAUAGUUGUAUUGUAAAGGACUGUCAUGGAAAUUUUCCCGAAGGAAAGCGUUUAUGUAAGUAUAUUUUUGAAAUAUAUUGUCAAAAUAAUAGUUUAAAUUAAAAAAAAUUGAGAUUCCAAAGA